AUGGGUCACUUCAUUACGUCAGCAGUCUACGAUGAUAAAACAAUCUUGCUUUUUCCGGAGGGGACGGAUCGUGGCGAAAGAGCCGUGAGGUUAAGCGAUGAGUUUGCGAAAGAGCAUGGCUUGCCAAUUUAUAAUUUCGUGUUGCAUCCGCGUACGACUGGGUUUACCUAUAUGAUGCGAUUGAUGCGUGAAAGUAAGUGUUUGAUUUUUAUAAAUUUCGCUGGUGUUCUGCGUGUGCUUCUACUAAAACUUGAUGAGGCUACCGAUGAAUUUUUUCCGAGUAUGUAUGGGAAUUGA